CGCAGCUAACUCGGCUGUACUCGCGGUUGGUUCUAUUGUUGAGUGGUGGUUUACUUCGUGGAAAUGCCGGAUCCUGCGAAAUCUGCUCCUGCUCCUAAGAAGGGCUCUAAAAAAGCUGUUACGAAAGUGCAGAAGAAGGAUGGCAAGAAACGCAAGCGCAGCCGAAAGGAGAGCUAUUCUGUGUACGUGUACAAAGUGCUGAAACAAGUUCACCCGGAUACCGGCAUCUCAUCUAAGGCCAUGGGCAUCAUGAACUCCUUCGUCAACGACAUCUUCGAGCGCAUCGCCGGUGAGGCCUCCCGUCUUGCGCAUUACAACAAGCGCUCGACCAUCACCUCCCGGGAGAUCCAGACGGCCGUGCGCCUCCUGCUGCCGGGCGAGCUGGCCAAGCAUGCCGUGUCCGAGGGCACCAAAGCGGUCACCAAGUACACCAGCUCGAAGUAAUAGUGCACAGGAAGCAACACAACAGCUACUUUUUACCCCAAAGGCUCUUUUCAGAGCCACUUCAAUUACAAGAAGUGGCUGUAAACGCUGGUGAGAUUGGCUUUGUUCUGCCCUUCCAGAAGAAGUCACAGCCAGACUCCACCCGACUGCUGUGUCACUGGGGAUCCUGUCAAUACCUCCUCCAAGUUAAAUUAUCUUCUCAGAGAGCACCGCCUGUGGGAAAUUUAUUUCUCCAGAAUGUGUAGACCAAUUAUUUCUAGUAUUUCUUAGAGAUAUUUUACCUCCAGUAACUCACAUAACAUGUUUGGGAAUCUCUCCCUUUAA